UUAACAAACAUGAUUAUGGGGUAAUUGGGAUCCAAGACAGAUGAUGCAAUGCUGGAGGAGAGCCCUGCUGCUGUACAUGAGCUCAGUUCUCCUGAUUCCAACUAAAGAUAUCCAACGACUUUCCAGUGUGAUCGUAGAACCCCUACUGGCAUAUCCCUAGCUGUAUUCCCUGUUUCCUGAGUCACUCUUGGUGUCCUGGCAAAAUAAUGGAUUCUCCUACACUUGGGAACCCCUGUGGCUCACCCCAGCCAGGGCUGUGUGUAGACACCGAAGUCUUAACAGGACCCCAGGUAUGCAGAGAUGCCAUAUCCAGGGCUGCACAACAACUCGGUCCUCACACCAGCUCUCCUCCUCAUUUCCACCAUGAAGAUCACUCUGGCUGUUGUGCACCCAUAAGCCCUCAGGAUUCCUCCAACUGUGGAAAUGAUCAUCCAAUGGGAGAGUAUGCAAGCUGCGAGAUGUCCUACAGAUGAAUUAUCUUUAACCAACUGUGCAGUUGUGAAUGAAAAAGAUUUCCAGUCUGGCCAGCAUGUGAUUGUGAGGACCUCUCCCAACCACAGGUACAUAUUUACACUGAGGACCCAUCCAUCAGUGGUUCCAGGGAGCAUUGCAUUCAGCUUACCUCAGCGAAAAUGGGCUGGACUUUCUAUUGGGCAAGAAAUAGAAGUGUCAUUAUAUACAUUUGACAAGGCCAAACAAUGUAUUGGCACAAUGACCAUCGAGAUUGAUUUCCUGCAGAAAAAAAGCAUUGACUCCAACCCUUAUGAUACUGACAAGAUGGCAGGAGAAUUUAUUCAACAGUUCAACAACCAGGCAUUCUCAGUGGGGCAACAGCUUGUAUUUAGCUUCAAUGAAAAGCUUUUUGGCUUACUAGUAAAGGAUAUUGAAGCCAUGGAUCCCAGCAUCCUAAAGGGAGAGCCGGGGACAGGUAAAAGACAGAAGAUUGAAGUAGGACUGGUUGUUGGAAACAGUCAAGUUGCAUUUGAAAAAGCAGAAAAUUCAUCACUCAAUCUUAUUGGCAAAGCUAAAACCAAGGAAAAUCGCCAAUCUAUCAUCAAUCCAGACUGGAACUUUGAAAAAAUGGGAAUAGGAGGUCUGGACAAGGAAUUUUCAGAUAUUUUCCGACGAGCAUUUGCUUCCCGAGUGUUUCCUCCAGAGAUUGUGGAGCAGAUGGGUUGCAAACAUGUUAAAGGCAUCCUGUUAUAUGGGCCCCCAGGUUGUGGUAAGACUCUCUUGGCUCGACAGAUUGGCAAGAUGUUGAAUGCAAGAGAGCCCAAAGUGGUCAAUGGGCCAGAAAUUCUUAACAAAUAUGUGGGAGAAUCAGAAGCUAACAUUCGUAAACUCUUUGCUGAUGCUGAAGAGGAGCAAAGGAGGCUUGGUGCUAACAGUGGUCUGCACAUCAUCAUCUUUGAUGAAAUUGAUGCCAUCUGCAAACAGAGAGGGAGCAUGGCUGGUAGCACGGGAGUCCACGAUACUGUCGUCAACCAGUUGCUGUCCAAAAUUGAUGGGGUAGAGCAGCUGAACAACAUCUUAGUCAUUGGAAUGACCAACAGACCAGAUCUGAUAGAUGAGGCUCUCCUUCGACCUGGAAGACUGGAAGUUAAAAUGGAAAUAGGAUUACCGGAUGAGAAAGGUCGACUGCAGAUCCUUCACAUACACACAGCAAGGAUGAGAGGGCAUCAGUUACUCUCUGCUGACGUAGACAUUAAAGAGCUAGCUGUAGAGACCAAGAAUUUCAGCGGUGCUGAACUGGAGGGUCUGGUGCGAGCAGCACAAUCCACUGCUAUGAACAGACACAUUAAGGCCAGUACUAAGGUUGAAGUGGACAUGGAAAAAGCAGAGAGCCUGCAGGUGACCAGGAGCGACUUCCUUGCUUCUUUGGAGAAUGAUAUCAAACCAGCAUUUGGCACAAACCAAGAGGAUUAUGCAAGUUACAUUAUGAAUGGUAUCAUCAAAUGGGGUGAUCCAGUUACUCGAGUUCUAGAAGAUGGAGAGCUGCUGGUCCAGCAGACCAAAAACAGUGACCGCACACCAUUGGUUAGCGUCCUUUUGGAAGGCCCUCCUCACAGUGGGAAGACUGCAUUAGCUGCAAAGAUUGCAGAGGAAUCCAACUUCCCCUUUAUCAAGAUCUGUUCUCCUGAUAAGAUGAUUGGCUUUUCUGAGACAGCCAAGUGUCAGGCCAUGAAGAAGAUCUUUGAUGAUGCAUACAAAUCCCAGCUCAGUUGUGUAGUUGUGGAUGACAUUGAGAGACUGCUUGAUUAUGUCCCUAUUGGCCCUCGAUUUUCUAAUCUGGUAUUACAGGCUCUUCUUGUGUUACUGAAGAAGGCUCCUCCUCAGGGCCGCAAGCUUCUUAUCAUUGGGACCACUAGCCGCAAAGAUGUCCUUCAGGAGAUGGAAAUGCUUACCGCUUUCAGCACCACCAUCCAUGUGCCCAACAUUGCCACAGGAGAGCAGCUCCUGGAAGCUUUGGAGCUUUUGGGCAACUUCAAGGAUAAGGAACGUACCACAAUUGCACAGCAAGUCAAAGAGAAGAAGGUCUGGAUAGGAAUCAAGAAGCUACUAAUGUUGAUCGAGAUGUCCCUACAGAUGGAUCCUGAAUACCGUGUGAGAAAAUUCUUGGCUCUCUUACGAGAAGAAGGAGCGUAAUAGCUCCCUUGACUUUGAAAAUGGACUGUUUGCAAACACAUAGUGACCAAGGGAAGUGACCAAGGUAAAGAUGGCCUGGGAUCUUCACUGGAUUUACUCAAGACCCUAAAUGAAGUGAACUGUUCCCUGUCUUCUACACAUGCUCACUCUGCAUGAUUGGUGCAAUAAAACUCCCUUCCUUGUACUUACCGAGAUAGUCCACUAUUUUAUGGAAGGUACAAACUUGCUUUUAGAAUGCUUUGCUUACCUUUCCGUGCAAGCUAAGCUGAUUCCUUCUUUCUCAGUCUUAAGUGUGGGAGAUAUACUGUACUCAUGAACACUAUUUAUUUUAAGACUAUCAACCAGACUUAUCACUCUUUUAAAUCCCAGGGCCUAUUCUACAAGUUGCUCUACAGUGCAUAUAUAUUUCAGAUCUCAACUGUUCUUGGACAACUUUGUUUCCAUUUAUAGAAUUCUUCACUGUGUUGUAGGAUGAUUCCUUCUUCCUCAGUCUUAAGUGUGGGAGAUAUAUGGUACUUGUGAACACUAUACAUUUUAAGACUAUCAACCAGACUUACCACUCUUUUAAAUCCCAGGGCCUAUUCUACGAGUAAAUCUCCACCACCCAAAAACUCUCAACAGAUAUAAUGAUGUUGCAAGGCAACACUUGGCCUAUUAGAAGGACUUUCUACAAGUAAACCAGGAACAGGGAGGGCUCACAGGGGUUAUCUUACUACUUCCCUGUGCUUACACUAGAGGUAAUUGAGCAUUUGGUUCAAGUUCUCCCAGAAAGCUGGUUGUUACCUUUGCCUGAAGAAACAGGGCUUUGGAUUUCUAAGAUGCUGUUCUCAAUCAUUUUCAGAGAUGUUUCCAAGCUGCAACCAGGAGAUCUUUCCUAAUAGAAAGUCACAGUAUUACUGUGUUGGUGAUGACAUUCCCUUACUAUAACUAAUGUCCUCUGUGGUAAGAGAUAUGCUAAUCCUUACCAACUGGUAGCUGUUGUUAAAAACUUGUGAAAGAUGCAUGGGAAAAGCCUACACCCCUAAAAAGAAAGGAGUCAUUAAAAUAAAGUAAUAUACAAACCUCUCAGCACUAAUUAGUGUCCAUCUCUAAAUGGGUCAGUUCCUUAAUAUGAUAUUAAAGACUUAUUAGCAUCACCCCUUUAUCUUUUUCCCUUAGCUUAAUGACUUACUUAGAAUGUAGCCUUCCUUUAUUUUAAAUUAUUUUGUCACUUUCUAGCUUUCCCCCCUCAGUCCUUUAACAUCCAUUCCACUACAUUUAACACAUUUCCUUUACCCUCUACACACUUCUUCCAAAGGGUUUGUCUUAUAACUGAGUGAGGAGGAAUUUAAAUCGGUCAUCAUAUAUGGUGAUGAGACCUAUAGAGCAUGCCCCUCUCUCCCCAUUGCUGCUUAAAAUGUGAGGACAAACCAUUGGAAGCCAUACGCAACUGCUUGUGAGGCUCGUUGCCACAGUGGCACUUGGAUGUAGCUCUGUCAUCUGUCCCCGUGGUAGAAGGCAAAUUAUCUCCAGAUCUUGCUAUCUGCAUAUUUUUGGUAGACUUGUAUGUCAUGUUCACUUUGUUUCAGCUUUUCAUCCCUAGCUUAUUUUGUGGCUUUUCAAAAAGUGGAUUUGUAUUGCAAAAUUCUGUGAUUCCUGGUGGCCAGUAUCCUGGAUUCCUGUAUCUGUUUUAGACCUUUCU